AUGACUCUGCCGCGUACUCCUAAAAGCGGGAAAAGGAAGAAGAAGAACACGCCCAAGAAGAAUCCAGAAGUGGAAGAACACGAAAGCGGUGACGACACGGAAAAAGAAGUGACCCCGGUAAAGAAGCAACUGGAAGAGCAGCGUCGGAAGCAGAAAAUUCGAGAAAUGGAGGAGCAACUCAACGCACUUGUUCGACAGCGGGAGGCGAUGGAGAGCAAGCUGAAGCGGUUGCAGACGGCGCUCAAGACCAGCGUGGCUGCGCCGAACCCGAACUUGCGCAACGGACACUUCUUGAAGCAGCAAUUAAGCAACGCGAGAGACUGCUUCUCGAAGUUUGGUGAGUACCAGGGUCAAAUCCACGCGAUGCCUCUGAACGCAGACCAACGAACGCUACACGAAAGAAGCGAGCUGAACUUUGAGACGUUGUACGACAAGGUGUGCAUCGAUCUCAACGAAUACCUCGAGAGACUCGAGAAACCUGGGGUCGCUGCUCUAGUUCCGGCAGCUCCUACCAACGUCGGUGUGCAGCAGGUUCUUCCGCCGUUGAGUGUACCACUCCCGAAGUUCGACGGCACGUUUGAGACAUGGUACUCGUUUAAGUCUAUGUUCCAGAACAUAAUGGCACGAUACACAAACGAGGCACCAUCAAUCAAACUGUACCACCUCCGGGACGCACUGAUUGGAAGGGCAGCCGGCGUGAUUGACCAGGAGAUGGUCAAUAACAAUGACUACGACGCGGCGUGGGCUCUUCUUGAGGAGUUGUAUGAGGACAGACGGGCGAUCAUCGAACGGCACAUUGAGAACAUCUUCGCCAUGCCAAAGAUCACCCGCGACAACACCGCCGAGCUUCGAAAAGUGAUUGACGUCUGCGUGAAGAACAUCGAAGCUCUCAAGAAGUUGAACCUUCCAGCCAACGGACUAGGGGAGCAGAUGGUAGUUAGCCUGCUGGUCUCGAGAAUGGACAAGGACAUGCGCAGAGCAUGGGAAGCAAACCAGAAGGCGGGAGAGUUGCCGACCUACGAGGCCACGAUCGUGUUCUUGAAGGAGAAGCGCAGAAUCGCGGAUAAGCUGGAGCAGAACAGUGAAAGGAAGUGUUCAGUGUGCAACCAGGACCAUGAAGUGUUAAAGUGUGAACAGUUCAAGCAGAAAAGUGUGAACGAGAGGUACAGCCACUUGCGGAAGCAUGGCCUGUGCUUUAAUUGUCUGAGGAAGGGGCACCGCACCGAUGGGUGCACGUCGACGAACUCGUGCCAGAAGUGCAGCAAGCGGCACCAUACCCUGCUUCACACCGAUGGGCCAAAGAAGCAAGAACCGGCUGCAAACACGGUGUCAACGGUCAGCGCAGAAGGCCGCACUCAAUCCGUUCCACCGGCCACGGCGGGAUCGUCCCAGGCUGGCCAAGGUCUGACACUCUGCACCACAUCCGAAGCUCCAAGGAAGCAGACUCUACUCUCGACGGCUGUAGUGCUGGUUUACGGCGCCGGCAGCGUGCCCUACCUGUGUAGGGCGCUGAUUGACUCGUGUUCACAGAACCAUUUCGUGACCGAGCGCUUCGCCAACCUGUUGGCGAGCAAAAAGGAACGGGCUGAUUACCGAGUCAGCGGAUUGAACGGGGGAACGACCAGAAUCAGUCACCUGGUGCGCGCGAAGGUCAAGUCCCGCGUUGGCAACUUUGCUGCCGACCUCGAGCUCCUGGUGGCGCCGAAGAUCACUGGCGACGUGCCGGUGAAGACGAUCGACAUCGCUGGGUGGAACCUGCCACCAGAUGUUGAACUUGCGGAUCCCAACUUCAACCAGCGAGGCCGGGUUGACAUGCUGCUCGGAGCAGGCAUAUUCUGGGAUCUUGUGAAGGCUAAACGAAUCACGCUGGCGGCGAACCUCCCAUCGCUCAGAGACACGGAACUGGGCUGGGUGGUCGGUGGCGUGAUGUCUGAAGGAACACCAGUGAUCGCACGUACGUUCUGCACCGUGAACGAAGACGAAGAGCUGAACAAGCUGCUGAACCGGUUUUGGGAGAUCGAAGGAGUUGAAGAUCUGCGGCGACCGGUGACGUCGACAGCUGAAGAGUGUCUCGAGCACUUCCGGAGCACGUACAGUCGGAAGCCAGACGGGAGGAUUGUUGUUCGUCUCCCGUUCAACGAGCGCAAGAGGGACCUGGGCGUGUCACGAGAGAUGGCGAUCCGUCGGUUCCUGAACCUCGAGCGGCGGCUUGAUCAGCAACCCGACCUGAAACAAGAGUACGCCAAGUUUAUUCACGAGUACGAGCAGCUUGGACACAUGAAGGAAGUCGAUGUCGCACCGUCCGAACCACCUGGAUCCGCGUACUACCUGCCGCAUCACUGCGUCUUGCGGCCCAGCAGUACAACAACGAAGUUGAGAGUCGUGUUUGACGGCUCUGCGAAAACGUCGACUGGAGUGUCCAUAAACGACGCGCUGAAGGUUGGCCCUACGGUACAAAACGACCUGCUGUCGAUCCUGCUGAACUUCCGCUGCUACCGUUACGUCUUCACCACGGACAUCCCGAAGAUGUUCCGUCAGAUUGAGCUGCACCCCGAUGACACGCCGUACCAGCGCAUACUUUGGCGUGACGACCGAUCGCAGCUGUUAAAGGUGUUCGAACUCAAGACGGUGACUUACGGCCUGGGGUCAUCUCCGUUCCACGCGACGAUGGCGUUGAACCAGAUUGCGGAGGAUGGCGAGAAGGAGUUCCCGUUGGCCUCGGCGGCAUUGAAGAAAUCGUUCUACGUGGACGACGGACUCUGCGGAGCGCAGAGUGUGGAAGCAGCCCGAUUGCUGAGUCGAGACUUGCGCAAGCUGCUGAACACCGGCGGAUUCGACGCGCACAAAUGGUGCGCAAACGAUCCAGCGAUUCUCGAGGAAGUCCCGGAGAUCCUCUGGGGAACAACGUUCGACUUGAAGGACGCGGCUGCCAAGUCGGUCGUGAAGACGCUGGGUGUGGCAUGGAACGCGUCGCAGGACUGGUUCACCUUCACCGUGCUGCCCCCCGAGGAGGAGACGAAGCCGCUGACGCGGCAGAAGGUGCUCAGCGAAAUUGCCAAAUUCUUUGAUCCACUUGGCCUGGCUGGUCCGGUGGUGACAACUGCGAAGCUGAUCUUGCGGAAGGUCGGCACGUUGAAGAACAUCGGCUGGCUUGACCCGGUUCCGGAUAGUGUGGCCAACGAGUGGCGUCGAUUCCGGGAGCAGCUGCCUGCACUGAACGACUUUCGGGUCUCCCGGUGGGUCUACGACGAAAGAGCAGAACGCGUGGAACUCCACGGUUAUUCCGAUGCGUCGGACGAUGCGUACGGCGCGAGCGUGUACGCACGCAACAUUUACCCGGAUGGCGAUAUCACGAUGCGGCUGAUUUGCAGCAAGUCAAAGCUCCUCCCGAAGAAGGUCAAGAACGUCCCGAAAGAAAUCAGCACUCCAAAGGGCGAACUUGAGGGUGCGCUGCUUCUCGCUGAACUGGUUGACAAGCUGGUAAACGCCGUCGAUGUUUGCUUCGAUUCGGUGAACUUUUGGUGCGACUCGCAAGUGGUGCUGAGCUGGAUCGCGAAGAAGCCCGACGACCUGGAACUGUUUAUGGCCAACAGAGUGAGGAAAAUCCAGCAGCUGACCAGCAAGUACCGGUGGGGAUACAUUCCGACGGAUGACAAUCCUGCCGACCUGAUUUCGAGAGGCGUGAUGCCCCAGAACCUGAUCAAGCGGGAGAUUUGGAAGGACGGGCCGGUGUCGAUGAACAGUCGCACUAUCGAGAUAGUGCAGCCCCCUCUUCUCGACGGCGCAGAACUUCCAGGAUUGCGAUCCACGAAGUGUCUGGCGCUAGCGGCGCCGAUUGAACGAUUGCGGAUCUUUGACAAGCUCGGGGAUUUCCGUCGACUGCUGCGCAGCAUGAGCAUUGUGGUGCGGUUUGCGAACUACAUCAUCUCAAGAAGGAAGGUUGUGGUAAAGGGCCUGCCGACGAGCGAGGAGCGCGCGGCGGCGCAGAAGCUAAUCUUGCGCUUGGUGCAACGAGAGGCGUUCCACACCGAGCUGCUGGCGUUGAAGGAGAACCACUCGCACCGUUUGCGAGGACUGAACCCGUUCAUCGAUCCUGACGACGGCCUUCUGAGAGUUGGCGGUCGAAUCAAACAAGCUUUCGUGCCGUACGACAGCCGGCACCAGAUCCUGAUGCCUGCCAAGCACCCUGUCACGGAAUCGUUUAUCCGCUACGAGCACGUGAAGAACCUCCACGUGGGCCAGAAGGGCCUGCUUGCGCUGAUACGCCAACGCUUUUGGCCGAUGAACGUCAAGACGACUAUCCGGAAGGUGAUUCGAGGGUGCGUGACGUGCUUCCGAGUUAAUCCAAUGAAGACGGCCCAGCUGAUGGGAGACCUCCCGUCCUACCGAGUACAACCGGCCCCUGCGUUCUUCCACACCGGUGUCGAUUUCGCAGGACCGUUUCUGAUCAAGUCGCUGACCGCAGCACGAAGGCCGAUGAUGACGAAGGGGUACGUGUCCCUCUUCGUGUGUAUGAGCACGCGAGCUAUACACCUGGAGCUGGUCUCAAGUCUCACGACGGAUGCCUUCCUCGCCGCCUUGCGGCGGUUCACUGGACGUCGAGGCCUGGUGAACAAGAUGCACUCCGACAACGCAACCAACUUCGUUGGGUCGGAGACCGAGCUCGAGCGACUGGCCAAGUUGUUCGCCGAGGAGCAGCACAUCGAAAGGGUGGAGGAGUUCUGCAGCAGCCACGGAAUCACCUGGAGCUUCAUCCCGCCGCGCAGCCCGCACUUCGGUGGGAUCUGGGAAGCUGGGGUGAAAUCGGUCAAGCAUCAUCUAAAACGAGUAGUAGGCAACCAGAAACUCACCUUCGAAGAGCUGACUACCGUGCUGGUGCAAAUUGAAGCCGUGCUGAAUUCGCGGCCCUUGACGCCGUGCUCGGACGACCCGAACGAUUUGACCGCAGUGACUCCAGCACACUUUUUGAUCGGGCGAGAGAUGCGCGCGGUUCCCGAGCCGUCCUAUCUCCACCUGAAGCAGUCGGCGCUGUCCCGCUGGCAACACGUGCAGGCAAUGCAGCAGCAGUUCUGGAAGCGGUGGAUUGCGGAGUAUUUGCCGGAGCUGCAGAACCGCCAAAAGUGGUUCAAAAACACCAAGAUCCAGCCGGGCGCUUUGGUGCUGAUCAGCGACCCGAACGCUCCGCCGAUGCAGUGGCAACUUGGUCGAAUCAUCGCGCUGCAUCCCGGAAAAGACGACGUCACCAGGGUGGUGACACUACGAACGGCGAAGGGCGAGUGCAAGCGAGGCGUGACGGAGAUUUGCCUGCUUCCGCUGGACCAGGAGCCGACCGAGGAGGAUUGA